UCUGAUGGAUGAGAAGAGGAGGCUGGAGGGUCGCAUCGCUCAGCUGGAGGAGGAGCUGGAGGAGGAGCAGGGCAACAUGGAGCUGCUCAACGACCGCUUCAGAAAGACAACCAUGCAGGUGGACACCCUGACCACGGAGCUGAGUGCGGAGCGCAGCACGGCGCAGAAGAGCGAAAACGCUCGGCAGCAGCUGGAGCGUCAGAACAAGGAGCUGCGGGCCAAGCUGGGCGAGCUGGAGGGUUCAGUGAAGAGCAGGUUCAAGGCCUCCAUCACCGCCCUGGAGGCCAAGAUCGCACAGCUGGAGGAGCAGCUGGAGCAGGAGGCCAAGGAGCGAGCAGCAGCCAACAAGACUGUGAGACGGACCGAGAAGAAGCUGAAGGAAAUCUGCAUGCAGGUGGAGGAUGAGCGUCGCCAUGCCGACCAGUUUAAAGAACAAGUAUGUCUGCCGCCGUGUGCGUCUCUACCUGACGCCACUGAUACACAUUUGAG